AUGAAUAAGACUCUCUUACUCAACGGUCAUCAACCGAUGAUUUAGUCAGACAAGCAGUCUACUAAGAAAUAAUUACUCCAUAAUGCAGCAGUAUUCUCGCUUGGAUUUGCAAUGCAUUAUGUAUGGAGCUCGUAGAAUUAAACUACUUGCUUAGAUGGAGUCGAAGAUAAUCAGUCACUCUGGCUUGAAGAACCCAGGAAUAAUUUUGAAUGGAAAAAUACAACAGAUCUUUACUGGGGUUAAACUAGCAGCUUUAUUGAUAUUUCUUCAUCUCCUAGUGGAGAACUUUAUGGAAUCUAGCAAUAUGAAGAUGAUAAAUACAUUUUCAGAUAUGGAUUCAAGUUUAACUUUGUUAAGGGAGAUUGGUAAUUAUUUGAUGACGUCUUCUAACCUAAAGAUAUUAAGUUCGAUAAGCUUGGAAACUUCUACGCUCUCGAUAAAAAUAACUAAUUGUAUGCUCAAAAUUCAAAGACCAAGGUCAUACUUAAGAAUAUUAAGGACUUUGAGGUUACUGGUUAAGGUAAAAUAUAUGCUAUCUCAGAAACCAUAACCAAAUCAAAUCCUUAAUAAUUGCUAAACACCUGGAUUCAAGGUGAUGGCUACCAGUACAAGCUAUUUUCUCCUACUCAAUUCUCAAAAUUAGCAUUAAAAGAUGAGGUUCCUAUCUACGUAGAUGCUCAAGGUAAUACAAUCGGCUACGGAUAACAAUGCGUGAAAGAUAUAACUGUGGGUGUUGAUGGUAGCAUCUGGGCUCUUAGCUGUGUCAAAGAUAAAUUAUCAGAUAACUUUUAACUUAUAAGGUGGGAUCCAAAUGCACUUUAAUGGUAUAGCAUCAAGUCUAUUUAUGGAAUCAAGAUAGCUGCUUAUAAUGAGGUAUCCAUUUCUGUGCUCGAUUGUUUCGGAAGAAUCAUGUUUUCCUCAGAUAAGAGCAAAAAUAAUCAAUUCGACUAUAUUAAGUAAUAGCUAAGCCCCUAACUUUUAGCUGACUCUAAAAUCUUGAACUAGACCAACUUGCCGUUUGUUUAAAGCCUCAUUGAUAAAGAAUACUCAAUCUCUACUCUUUGCUACAGAGGAACCGAGAAUGGUUUUACAUCUCAAAAUUUCCAUUAAAAAUGUGAUUAUAAAGGACCCACUUUGACAAUAAUUAAAACAGCAACUGGGAGAGUUGCUGGAGGAUAUACUUCCUAACCUUGGAAAUCAGCUAGCAGAUGGGUUACUGAUAAGGAAGCUUUCAUAUUUUCAGCUGAAAUUUAAGUUAAAUUUCCUGCUAAAGGUCCUAACGCCAUCAAUGAUAAUUACGAUAAUGGCCCCACUUUUGGAGAUGGCUAUGAUUUAUAUGUUGCAACUAACUCAAAUGCAAGUUCAAAAAGCUUUACCGAUUUGGGAAAAGCUUAUGAUCUACCUUCUGGAAUGGAAUAUCAAAGCUCUGAAGCCAGAAGUUAUCUUUUUGGUAAUAUGAACUUCAAAACUUCUGAAGUUGAAGUUUAUUACCUUCAAUGA